AUGCCAAAAAUGCCAAAGGAUUCGGACAUCAGGAUACACAUUGCAGAAGGGAUCCCUCUUGUGGACUAUUCUGCAAUAUCAGAGGAAAGUUCUGCCAACAUCUCGCUGCUAAAUGCUCGAACUGCCAAGGAAAGCAUACAGCAAAUUCAAGAACCUGCGAAAUCUAUCAAGCAAUCCAACAAAAAGCAAAUAACACCAACUUAUGAGUUACACUAA